AUGGAUAAUAUGUCAGCAAUGUCACUUAAAAGCUUUUCAAUAAAUCAUCUGCCUUCAACUCAGGAGAUUGAUAGGCCAAAAACUUAUUUUGAUGAUUUAUUAUUACCUUCUUCACCGAGAAGAAUUCCCACAUUAUCUGCUCAUAAGACUUCAACAAAAAAUAUAUUAUCAAACGGAUUGCCUGCAUUACAAUUUCCUCAAAAUAAAGGAUUGAUUGGUAAUCAUGAAAACACCUUAGAUAUUUUAUUGAAGAAAAAGGCAAAUACAGCACCUGGAUCUCCUGUUCAUUCUGGUCUUCAAUAUUAUAAAAAAUUAAAUAAUCGUGAGUUUAAGCGUCAUCAUCAAAAAACAAAAAGCAUAUCUGACAUAACUCCUCAAACAUCACCAACAUUCAAUAAAGCCCAAUUAUCUCCCACAUUAAGUUCAUAUUCAGAUUCAUUAAUCAAUUCAAAUACACAUUUUACACUCACUGAAAAUUUAUCGAGAAACGGAAAGCAAAAUCAAAAUCAAAUUUCGUCACCUACUUUAUUACCAUCAAUAUCAAAUCUUCCUCAAAUCCAUUUACUAGAUAGGUUACCUAACCAUAACCAUCAUGGUAAUAUAAUUAAAAGAACGACAAAUACUACUAUUACUACUACUACUAAUAAAGUAACUAAACCAAUCCCUAGAUUACCUUCAUUACGACAUUUAAAGUUAUUACCUGAUCCGACUAUACAAAGAAAUUCACAUUACUAUCCUGAUACAUCAAGACCGACUCCAUUUUGGAGAGAUAAUUUAAUCAAUUGGUGUAAAGAGAAAAAUUAUCAAGAAUAUAAACGUUUAAUGGAAAUCUUAUCUCAAUCGGAUAGAAAUUAUUGUUUCGAGGGAACUGUUCCAAAAAAUUUAUUCUCAUUAAAUUCAAAUUCAAAUUUGAAAUUAGAAAAGACAUGUAAAAUUUCAUCAAUAUUACAACCAAAGGAUCAAUUUAGUAAUUUAUCUAAUAAUUCUUGGGAAUGUCAAACUCCUGUUACUCCUCCAAUGAGUCCGAAUGACUCCCCAUCUUCUGAAGGAAUACAAACAAAAGAUAAAGAGGAUUAUAAUAAUAAUAAUAAUAAUAAUAAUAAUACUGAUAUUACUGACUUAACUGAUGAUGAUAUUGAUAUAGAAGAACAAAACCAAAAAAUUCGUUGUUCAAAAAAUAAAAAUUCUGGUAAUUUCAUUAAAUUUACCCCAUUUAUAAGUGAAAAAUUAGUUCAAACUGUUAAAAAGGAAAAAUUAAUGAAAUCAAAUAAUAAUGGUAGUAAUAUUACUACUACUAAUAAUAAUACUGGUCAUAAGAAAACGAACAGUUUUAAAGCAUUGGAAAUUAAGAGAUUAUUAGAAAAUAGAGAUAUUCUUUCAAUCACUUCGAAAACUGGCCAUACCACUACAAGGAAAAACAAAAACAACAAUAAUAUGAAUAUGAAUAAAAUCUUCAAACCAACAAAGAUACGACAAAAUUCAUCAGAAAUAUUUAAUUCCGUUGUCAAGGACUUAGUUGAAAAAAUCGAUCAAAGAAAUUCUAAACAUCAUCAUGUUAAUAAUAUUAAGAAAAGUGCUAAAAUAACGAACAAUAAUAAUGAUAUUGCACCAAAUAGUUCAGGAUAUACAACUCCUAGAUGCAAUUCACCAAUUCGAUCAACAGCAACAUUACCAAAAUAUAGAAAAUUCUUUGUACAAUCUUCAUUCCCUGGUCAACCCAUAGUUUCUAGAUCCCCCUCUCCCUCUUCUUCUAUUGCUUCCUCAACCGGUUCUGACUCUGGUUCCUCGACAUCUAACACAUCAAGUAUUCAAAAUUCACCAUCAUACAGUCCCAUGAGACCAACUACGAUAAAUGGUGAAUAUGUGGAUUAUUUGCUUACACCAACAGAAGGCACAUCAUCAUUAUCUUCAAGAAUGCAACCCAAAUUGAAAUCGAAAUUGAAAACUCAAUCCAAAUCAAAUAAAGCCAAGAAGUCAUACCGUAAGAAAAAGGAAAAUACUAAGAGUAAUAAUAAUUUAGAACAAGGAACACAUUGUGUUUAUAAACAUAGUGAUGAUACUAAUGACCAUUGCAAUAUAAACCAUCCACAACAUAAUGGUACGAAUAAUAGCGCUGGUACUAGCCCACGUCAACACACUCAUCAACAGCACUUAAGAAGAUGUGUUUCAUGUAGGAGUAGUGAUUCACCUUGUUGGAGACCCUCAUGGUCCAAAAUGAAACAUGAUCAAUUAUGUAAUUCAUGUGGGUUAAGAUAUAAGAAAACACAUACCAGAUGUUUAAAUGAAUUAUGUCUUAAGAUUCCAACAAAGAGUGAAUUAAGUAUGAUGAAAACUAAUGGUAUUGAUAAACAAUUUGUUCAUAGUCGUGGUGAGACCGUUGAAGGGUAUCGUUGUUUAUUUUGCAAUUAUAUUACUGAGACUAUUGAGUGA